AAUUUCAGAUUUAAAUCUAUCAUUAAUUCUGGUUUUACUAUUUAAAAUGAUAUAUCUUCUGAUAACCUUACUACUGAUCAAUAUUCAUUGUUACCAAUCAAAACUGUAUCUCAUUCAAACCAAAACAGGCGCUGACAGUAUUUUAAAAAAGGAAAGUAACACGAAACAUUUAAGUUUCCAAGUUGAAGACCCUGAUACUGAAUAUUCACGGGUGGACAUCAUUGGUAACCCAACACUUAAUGGACAAAAUAAACUAAAUGGAAAAACUGGAGAAAUUGGAGAAACUGGAAAAAUUGGAGAAAAAGGAGAAGAUUAUUGUUUUUCUCCAUCCCUGUGUUUCGGGUUUGGGAAAAAGUAAAUAAAAUUUUAAAUCGAA